CAAAAUGGCACAAGAUUUUCAGCGACGUUAAAAACUUAUACCACUUAAACCAUUAACAUGUAGUGUAAAAAUGUUGACAUCUUAAACGUCAUUUUUUCAAAAAUCUAUAUUUCAUGUAGAUACUAUAAAUUGUGUUAAUUGUAUUUAUAUUACAAACAUUUUUACGUCAAAAUGUAAAAAUGUCGCAUCUACACAGGAGAACCUCCGCAUUCCACAAUGAAAACAAAUUACCCUAUCGAGUUAGAUCAGAGGGAAGAAUGAAAACUUACGAUUCUUCAACAGAUGCUAGGGCUUGGUCAAAUGUUGUAGAGGAGAGAAGACAACACAUUGUGGAAUAUCUAAGUGGAGAUAAAAUUAAUUCAAGUAUUGGGCAAUUUGUACCUGCAUGUUGCUUGAUAGAAGGCAUAUUAGCAUCAAAAAAUGAAAGACUUAAGUGUUUAAAGAAGAAAACGGAAUAUAUGGAAAAAAUUGUUCAGUUAUAUUCGCGACUCAAUUUGACGCCAGAACAAGAAGAGGAACUACUAAAAAUUAAAAAUAGUUUUCAAAUAUAUACUGAAGUCCAAGGGAAACUGAAAGAAGAUAACGAAAAAACUGACCAGGAUCAAAGAGAAAUGUUUAAAAUUUUUGAAGCAGACUGGAAAGAAGCGUAUACAGAAAUAAGUAAUCAUAUUUCUACUCCUUCUUCUGGCAGUGUUGAACUAUCAAAUUCAGAUGUUAGUUGUAAGGCGGUUUGUGAAAAUAUUACACAAAAAAUUAUCAUAGAAGGAGUUGUGACAUUAUCAAACCAAAUAGUUCCGAAAAUAAUCCCAAAAGGUUAUUUUGCAGGAACAGGUAUCACACUUUCUGAAUUAAAAUCAACUCACGAAGUACAAACAGAUGUCCAAGAUUUUGCACAAAUUGCAGAAACUAUUCAAAGUAUAAGUGAAAUAAAAUUUGAAGAACCUGAAGAUGAAAAAGAAGUACAUAUUUUAGUUAAUGAAAUUACAAAAAACAUUGAACACCAAGAAAUUGUACUUAAUAAUGCAGAUUCAGAAGAAAAAUUAUCGCUCAAUGAAUUAGUUGAAAAUAAAACUUUAAUUUCAUACGAAAAAGGAGACUCUGUUAUGAUACAAACAGAAGAACACCUAAAAAUUUUAAAGGAUCAGCUAUCUCAAACUGAGCAACAUAUACAAACUAACGUUAAUUUAAAACAUAAAGCAUCGAUGUGUGAACAAACAAUUAAGGUUAAUGAAGAUGUACAACACGAAACAGCACAAACUGCAGAAUUUCGUAAACUUAUGAUAUGUACACGUUCUACAAGCUGUCCUUGCCUCCAAAAAAAUAAAAUAUUGAUGAUGAAAACUACAAGUACAAACCAAAUUCGGUUGAUUUCUAAAAAAAAUUAUUUAAGAUUAAUAUGUUUUCCUUUUGAUAAAAUAAAUCAGCAAGCAGCGGUAAAAUAUGCAAAUGAACACGAGUAUCGUGAUGCCACCAACUCAAUAGAUGUGAGUCAGAUAUAUAAAGAAACCAAUUUUCCAAACCAACAGGAACGAAAAAAUAAUUAUUAUCAAAUUACAUUUGCACUAAUAGACCAUGAAUUGGAUGAUUCUUCAUUACUUAUACAUAAAACAACUGAAAUAGUUGCACUUAAAGAUGCUUUAGAGGCAAAAGAAUCGUACUGCUUGGAGCAGAGAAAACAUGAUACUGUUGCCUUAGAGAAGCUUGAAAGUAUUAAAAAUGUUAUUGAAGAAUGUGAUGAUUUAAAAAAAAAAUUAGAACGGUCGCAGGAAGAAUUAAACCAAUUAAAGAAAGACAAUGAAUUCAUUAAACCGAUAUUCAUCCAGCAUGAUCAGGCAAGUGAAACUGAAAAAGAAACCGAUAGCUUGAGCAUAUACAAUCUAACACCAAAAGCUAAGACACAAAUCAUCACAAGAGAUAUGCAAAUAAAAAAGAAAUUCUCUGACCAACUUGCCAAUGCACAUAAAGAGAACUUGGUUCUUAAAGAAAAAUUAUCAAAUUUUGAAUGUUUAUUUAGUAAACUUGGAAUUUGCGAUUUAAGUAAUAUUUAUAUUGAAGAAUUACAAAUUAAAUUGCAAUGUCUUAAAGAAACUACGAGAGAAAGAGAUAAUUUAAAAAAUAAAGUUGAAAUUUUGGAAACUCAAUUGAGCUCUUAUAAUUAUGUACUUGAAGAUAUUGAAGUUUUUAAGCAACGGUCUUUAUUACUGGAUGAAGUGUUACAUGAUCGUGACCGUUUAAGUAAACGAGUUGAGCAAUUGAGAGGUUUAGAUGAAGAAGUUAUUAAUCUUAGAAAAAAGGCUUUAAGGGUAGACCAAUUAGAGGAUGACUUAAGGAAAAUUUUGAAAGAUAAGCAAAUUGUCGAAGAAGAGGUUGAUCGACUACGAGGAAAAUGUUCAAUUACAGAAAUACAAGUACUUACACAAAAAGCCGAAGGAGACGAAUUACAAUCAAAAUUAGUUUGCAUGGAGCAUGAAAUUGAAAAUCUUAAAGGUGUAUCUGUGGAAAAACAGAGACUUAUUGAAGAAAGGGACCAUUUAAAACAAAAUUUAGAUGAAUUAGUAAGAAUGCAAGGUGAUUUCGAACACAUGAAAAAACAGAUGAAAUGCUUGGAGAUACUAAAAGCUGAAAGGGACAUGUUUAAAUCCAAAUAUGAGAAUUUAAUCGGUCUGGAAUGUGAAUGUGAUAUUUUGAGAACACAAGUAGAAAAGGGAAAGGUUAUCGAAAAGGAGAGAGAAACGCUAGAAAAUCAAGUGGAUGAUUUGCAAACCUGUAUUUUCGAACAAGAGGCCGAAAUUCGACGCCUGGUUGGCCAUAUUGAUGCGUUGGCUAAAGGAAGAGAUGAACAACAAGAAAAAUUAAAAGAAGUAAUAACAAAUAUGCGAGCUGAGUUAGAACAAAAGGACACUUUAAUUGUAUCAGCAGAAGAAAAAUUGGCCACUUUACAGAAAGAAUUAGGCAACUCAAUUAAUGGUUUGAGCACCGAAACAGUUGAUUUAAAAGUUCAAAAUGAAAAAUUAGAAAAGCUACUUGAAAAAUAUGAUAAUGAAAAUACAGAAUUAAAAGAAAAUAUAACCGUCUUAUUAAGAAACAAUGAAAACUUAACUAUCCAAAUAAAAGAUAUAAUGAAUGAAAAUAACUUUUUGUUAACAAAAGUGGAAGAAAAAGAAAAUUCAUUGAAUACUUUAAAAGAAGUCCUUCACGAUCAUGAAUACAUUUUAGAUGAAUUUCAAAAAAUUCAAUUUCAUUCCAGAGAUACUUCAAGAGAUAUAGAAACUGAGACUGACGAGCUUAAUUUAAUAACGGUAGCUAGACAACAAAGUAUAACUGUACAAGAAAAACUUACCAAAAUAAGUAAAAUAGCCGGAGAUAAUCAUUUUCAACAAUUAUUACUACAAUCGAAACAAGCUGUACAAAAAAUUGCUAAUGAACUAGAGAAGCAAUACAAUGAUUGGGAUUGCUUUAAAACUAAGCUUAGUAGUAAUGGAAAAAAUAACGACUCUGGAAGACUUUGUUCUUGUAACAAAGAUAUGUAUAUAGGAUAUUGUUUUACAAAUGAUACUGGUAUACGUGAUAAAUAUCAAAGAAGAAGAUGUAUGCGUGCAUUACGAAAAAGAAAAUGUUCUAGAUAUCCUAAUCAAGAAAUUAGUUCAAUUAAAGAUAGUGGAAAACGAGAUAAUUUCACAGGAAUUGAAAAACCUGAUUCAGUCCAUAUACAAACAGAUAUUGCAGGUAAAUUGAUACCUCACAAUGUAUGCUUUUCAGAAGUCGAAUGUGAGGAUAAGAGGGAAACACCUGUCGAUGAUAAUUAUCGUAUCAAAUCGAAGAAAAUUCAAACAAGUGACGAUGCUUCUACUUUUAUAGGAGAUUCUCUUAACCAACUAUUUGAAAAUAAUGAAAACGAACCUAAAGUCAACCAAAAAGAAGAAGAUGCUGAAGCGUUUGAAUCUGCUCGUUCACUUGAUUGUGCACUAUGUAAGACUUUAGGAGAGCGACUUCAAGUACUCGAGAACGAAUUAUCAGCCACCAAUGAUACAUUGAUACAAUUGCAAGAUAAAUUAGAUAGAACUUCGGCUGAAAAUGACGCUUUACGUCGUCAUUCUGCAGAGGUACAAGAAGUCGCUAAGGAUCAAAUUAAGAAUCUUGUUGACUUCCUUAAAGAAUCUAAAGAAAAAUGCUCUGGUUUGGAAAAAGAAAGUAACAGGCUUAUUCAGAGUAAUUGUACGAUACUAUUUGAAAAAGAUCAACUUUUAAACGAUAUUAUCAGACUUCAAAAAGAGAAAGAUGAUUUACAAAAAAUGUUAGCGAACAAUAUAGUCGUGACAAAUGAACUAAGAGACGAAACAAUUAAGUUACAAAAACUGGAAAAAGUUAUAAACAAAGUUAAACCAGAUACGGCUGAUAACGAUUUAAUUGAAUCAGUUCAAGUGGAAAAUACAAACUUGAAAAAAACAAUUUCGGCUCAGUUUAAAGAAAUUUCUAAACUGCUUGAUAAAAUAAAAACUCCUUCCAUACCCAUACCAAUUCAAGAACAUAAAAUUGAUCUUGACCAAGAUGUUUUGAAAAAACAUAUCGAUAAUUUGGAAAAUCAACUAAAACAAUUGGAGGAAAUAACUAAAACUGAAGUUUUCUCUGAAAACGUACAUAUUACCAUAAACGAUUUAAUUAAAAGAUUGGAAACAGAGGAAUAUAAAGCAGAAAUAAGAGAAAACACUUUAAAAAAUAUAAAAGCAACUGAUCCUGCAGCAUUAUUAAAUGUAGAAAUAGCAAAACUUAAACAAAAAAUGUGCUUAAUUGAACAAGACAAUUCAAAACUACAAGAAGUUAUUCUACAAAAAAACAUAGAAUUGGAAUCACAGAUAAAUGUUUUUGAUAUAGUCCAAAUAGAAAAACAAAAAUUAUUUAGGGACAUUUUAAAAUUACAGGAAGAGAAUAUAGAACUGAAAAGAGGUACAGCAGAAUAUUUAAAAUUGGAAAUGGAAUUACAGAAUAACGCAAAUGAACUUAAAAAUGCUACCGACAAAAUAUCAUGCCUUUUAGUAGAUGUUAGUACUUUGAAGGAAGAAGAAGUAACGUACUUAAAAGAAAACCAAUGUUUAAAAACUGAAAUAACAAGGCUAAAAGAUCAACUUGAUGUAACACUUAACUCUCUCACAUUAUCGUCUCUUCGAUUUUCUGAAUUGCAAGAUGAAACUGCAAAAUUAAAACAGACAUAUAAACAAUUAGAAAACGAUAACAUAAAUUUAAAAAAAGAUCUAGAAAACACUGAUACUUCUACACAAAAUGUUACUGACAGAUUAAAUCAAGUCGUAAAUGAAAAUAUUACAUUAAAAGAUGUAAAUGAAGUAACUGCUCAUCAAUUAGCAAAUGCAAAGAAUGUCCUUGAAAAUACUAUUUUGGAAGCACGAAAAUCAUUAACGCAGAGAGACAGUCAAAUUGAAAUGUUAAAAGACCAGGUAACCAAAUGUGAGUUUGAAAAUUAUACUCUAAAGAAAGAUUUAGAUGAAGCCAUAAAUAAUUUAACUAAAAGUAAUGAUGAAGUUUGUCAAUUAUCACAGAAAGUUACUACGCUUUGUAUGGAGAAUGAGAAACUAAAAAAUGACAUAUAUUUAAGCAAAGCCGGUGAAGGAGAUAAUAAUCUAAAAAGUGUCUUAAAUAAAUUAGAAAUAGAAAAUAUAGAACUAACCAAAGAAGUUAAUAUUGGUUUAAAAAAUCUUAAUCUUGCAAAUAACUCAAUACAAGAAAAUAAAAAUAAAAUAUCAAAAUUAGAAUGGAAAAUUUCUUCAUUAGAAACUGAGAACGAAAAAUUAAAAACAAAACUUCAAGCCUAUUUUAAAGAAAAUGGUAAUAAAGAUAUUUUGAAACAAAAAGUUUCACAAUUGGAAGUGAAUAACAGGAAACUUAAACAAGACAUUGAUAAAAAAUAUAACGAACAUGAAAAGGAAGUGCACAUUCAAAUUAAUAACGAUAAUUUAAAAAAGUUACUAGUCGAUCAUGGAAACGACAGUGACCAAUUAAGAAAGAAAUAUGAAGAAGUAAUAAUAGAUUUAGAGAAAAGGAUAUCAGGUUUAAUACAGAAGUCUGAAAGAUUAGAAACUGAAAAUAAUAAAUUUAAAACAGAUUUUCUAGAAUUAGAAAACGUAAAACUAAUGAAGGAACAAAAUGUGAAAACACUUUUUUAUGACGCAAGCAUUGCUACUGAGGAUUAUAAUGUCAACGAAACGUUAACCAAAUUAGAAACUGAAUUCAGAAAACUUAAAACUGAUCUUAACAAUGCUCUUGCCGAAGCAAAAAAAUGUAAUGACUUAGAAAAUAUUGAAAAUGUACUUAAAAAACAGAUAUCUUCGUUGUUAUCUGAAAAAGAAGAACUGAAGAAACAUUUUGAAAAGACCUUACAGUAUGCAGAAAAUAGAAAUACCCGAGUUGAAAAGUUAAAAGAAGAAAAUUCAAAAAUAAAGUACAAAAUCAAGCAAUUGAAAGAUGAAAUAGAACAUUUAAAAAGAGAUCUUAAAAACGCCUUACACAAUGCCGAAAAGUUUUGUGAAAUAAAUGAAAAUCAUGACGAAUUAAAGCAAAAACAGAAAAUAUAUGAGUUAGAAAAUAAUUUGGAAAAAAUAAAGGAAAAUUUUGAUGCAGCAUUGAUAGAAGCAAAAUCUGGCAAUGAAAUUGCCAUUCAACUUCGUUUUGAUAAUUCAAAACAAAAACAACAAAUUUCUGAACUUGAAUCUGAAAUUACCAAAUUGACACAUGUCGCUGGGACACUUAAAAAAGUUCAUAAGGAUCAAGAAGAAAACUUUAAAAUAAUAAUUGAACUUGAAAAAGAUAAUUCCGUUUUGAAUAAGCGUCUUAAUGAUACAGAAAUGUUUAAAUCACAAAUUUUAAAUGAAAAUAACAAUUUAAAAUACAAAUUGCAACAACAACAAAUAGACAUUGAUAAACUUAACGAAGCCAUAAAAACUCUUACAGACGAACGAAAUGAAUUGUUGGAAAUUUUGGCGAAAGCAAAAGAAAACACAGUAAAAAAUAUAAUGGAAUCGACUAAUUCAAAGUUCAUUCAAAAUUUAGAUCCAUCAAAAACACCACAAAUUUUACAUGAAGAGAAUUUAGCUACAAAUAAAAAACUUAAGCAAAUGGAAAACGAAAACAAAACCCUAACAGCAAUUUUUCAACAUAAAACAACUGAAAUUCAAAAAGAAGAAUUUAGUAAAUUAUUAAAAGGGAGUAUAGAUAAUAUUGAAAAAAUAAAUGUAAAUAUUGACGGUGAUGCAACCGCUUUGCAGUCCGAUUUUUCACAAGAAGAAAAAGUAUUAAACAAUGAAAAUUCUGUUGAUGAAUUUAAUGAGAAACAGAAAGAAAAUGAGAAUAAAAAAUUAAAAGAAAUUCUGCAGAAAGUAAAACAAGAGUUGCUAGAAACAAAUAAUGAUCGGAAUAAACUGAAAAACUUACUACUAGACCAAAAAAGGAAAAGUAAAGAUAUAAAAACAAAAGUGGACCAAGUAGAAAUUCUAAUAAAUAACGAAAGAGACAAAUGCAAAGAGGAGCAAAUCAAAAAGAAAGCAUUGGAGGCGAAAAUCAAUCAGCUAAAUGAAAAAUUUGAAACAGUAAACAAAAAAUUGGAACUAAAAAAUAUAGAACUUAUCGAAUUGAAAACUAAAAUUGAGAAUUUUAAUAAAAGCGAACCUCUAAAAUCGAACAACAAAUUAUCUACAAUAACGCCAGAUUGUUUUCCACAAAAGGGACCAUCUUGUGAACUGUUAAUACGUGAUGAAAAUACUAAGAUAGCUCUUUUAAGAAAAAUUACAACUUUGGAAGAAGAAUUGGCAAAAAAUCAAAAACAUUCUCACCAAACAGUUAUAGCCAUGCAGUUUGCCAUAAAGCUGGAGAAGCAUCGUCUUCUUGAAUUAAAAGAGAAAUUGGAAAAAGAGCGACUUAAAAAUAAAAGGCUUUUAGGCUUAAAAUCUCAACCUGUAUUUAGUCGUUCAUCAGUCCAAUCCGAUGUACUACCAAAAGAGGAAAAUCAAAUGAAGCAUCACCAUAUAAAGGACAAAAAUAGUAAACCUAGAAUUGUUGAACAUCGAACCAGACAUACUAAAAAAAGAGAAUCUUCUCAAGUUCAUGAGAAGUUGAGGUCAAAAACAUCGAUAUCAAAUGAAACUCUUUUAAAAAUGAAUCUUAGCCAGGAUGAAACAGAUAAGCGACAUAAUAGAUGUCGUUCACCAAGUAAUACUCCUGUCAAAGAUACAAAUAGUCUCCCUUCGUCGCCUAAAUUGUUACGUACAUCGUUUGGUCCUGAUAAGUCUCCAAGACUGUUUUCCUCCAAAUGAACGUCGUCAUCUUCCUGUAAAUCAUUGGAACAGUUUCUGUAACAACAGCCUUUAGACGUUGUGAUGUAAUUUUUUGUAUAAUAAUAAAAACAUGUUCAAUACAUUGUUUGUUAUGUUAAAAAUAAUAUAUAAUCUAAGCUUUUAGCGAAUUCCCGAAAAAAAAAUCAAUCCCAUCUGAAGACCUCAGGGGAAAACGUGUUAAGAAAUGUUUGACAUCGAACUAAUUUGAGAAAAUAAUAGGUAAAAGGGUAUAAUAAUAUCUAUAUAAAAGUCUGUACAGGAGAAAAACGUGACGAGUCGUCUUUGUCUUCAUCUUUAUCUUUAUCGGUUGUAAGCAGAUAGGGUUAGGUUUGGCCCAGAACACUGCGUCCUCUUGGGUCUAUUAUAUUCCCCUGCUUUCCCCAUAUUCAGGUACUAUCUUUGGAAUAGUCCUGUGCCUUUGGUUAGUUUUAAUAGAUUCCCUACCAAGUGUUCCUGGGACGUUCUUUCCGGUUCUAGGCCGAAAAGGAUGAAACGUCGCCUAGUAAGAGCUUCGCAUUCUAAGAUCACAUGGUAUGAGGUUUCUUCCUCUUUCAUGCAGAGUCUACACGUAAUGGGAUCAUUGUGUAAUCCCAUCACAUGAAGGUGUUUCAGCAAGCAGUGCCCCGUUAGUAAUCCCACAAUGGUGGCUAUCUGAGGCCUUGCGAGUUGUAGUGCCUCAGUAGCCAUGCGUGGGUUUGGUCCACUUAGCAUGAGCUUACUGAUUCUGUGCCCUCUUAUCUGUUGCCAGUGAAUUUGGUGUUUUGUGGUCAUCCACCUGUUUACUGCCUGUCCUGUGAAUGGUAGAUCUGAUCCCUCUUUGGCGAUACCUUUGUGCCCUGGUACCCACGCUAGUUUUACCUUGUUGUGGGUUGCUAGAUCAUUUAGUAUUCCAAGACAGUUCCAGACAAGCUUUGACUUGAUUCUGUUUGAAUCAAGAGCCUUUAAGGCUGCUUGACUAUCUGAGAGCAUUAGGAUGGUUUGUUUUUUGUACUUCUUAAAUUCUCUCGUACACACAAUUCGAUUGCAUGUACUUCAGCCUGAAAUACAGUGGCAUGUUUUCCCAGCGAGACGAUGAUGUCGCAUUUGGGUUUAACUUCAUGUACGCCUUGUUAGUUUUAGAUCCAUCCGUAUACCAAACGAUUCCGCUAAGCAAGUAUUUAUCUAUCUCCUUAUUUACCUCGUUCCAGUUACAUUUGACCUGGAAGAGUCUGUUAAAAGUUAGGAGGGGUGUCAUGUGAUCUGAUCCCAUAUAUAAUAUAGAAUCACUUACUUCAUGUGUUAUUCUGGUAUUUUUUAUAUGUCCCAGAGGUUUCCCGUUGUUGGAGAUUUCCAGUCUGUAUGCACUCAUUCUGGCCUCCCCCUUUAUGACUAGGUCAAGGGGAGGGAGGUUUAGAAUGAUUUCCGUAGAGGCUGUCGGUGUACUUCUCAGUGCUCCUGUAAUACAAAGGCAUGCCAGCCUCUGUACUCCUGAGAGGGUAUUGAGGGAUGUUUUCUGGUUUACUUUUGGGCACCAAACAACCGCUCCAUAAGUUAUUAUGGGUCUUAUAAUUGCCAAAUAUAGCCAGUGUACCAUUUUUGGUUUUUUUCCCCAUGUUUUUCCAAAUGCCCGUCUCCCUACUAUGAGAGACAUUUUACAUUUGUUGAUCACUUUUUGUAAGUGUUGGUUCCAAGUGAGUUUGCCAUCUAGGAUCAGACCCAGAUAUUUUACUUGGUUCGUUUUGUUUAGCCUUUCUCCAGAGUCGGAGUUUCUAAAACCUCCAACCUUGUUUUUCGAGUAAAGGUUAUGAGCUGUGCCUCGUCAGGGUUUACCAAGAGGUUUUCCCUAACGCACCAUUUUUCUGUCAGCCUAAGAGCUCUUUGCAUGAGUUCAAAGACUGUUGUUUGGUGUUUCCCUCGGAUAAGGAUGACUAUGUCAUCGGCAUAUCCUUGGGCGUACAGCCCUUGAUUGUUUAGUGUUUUCAGCAGUUGAUCUGCCACUAGGUUCCACAGUAGAGGAGAAAGGACUCCACCCUGUGGGCAUCCCCUGUAGGGAUAUUCACCUGCAUGGUUUCACUGAACAUUUGUGCCUGUACUUGCCGUCCGCAUAACAUGUCUUCUAUCCACCAGCAGAUGGUGUCUUCCAUUCCAUGUCUGUAAAGACUUUAACCUUAUUUAAGAGCUGUAUUGGUAUUUACUGCCUUAGUCUCUAGAUUGACUUUGGGUGGCGCCAUCAAAAGGCAAUUUAAGGAUACAUGAAAACAAGUCAUAAUUUGUAAAUAUUUCUAGUUCCGAAUCUAAGAUGUCUAGUCAUGAGGCAACCACCUCUUUUUAAAUAACUCAAUCAGUACUUCUCCAUAUUGAGUGCAUUGCCCAAAAUUUUAAGUAAAUUUUUAUUUAGCAACGGCCCUUCUGUUUCAUUAAGAGAGUCGUCUUCUUUUUGAUUCAAGUCUUAAAAGAAAAACUCAAAGUAGAACCAUAAAAUGCAAAUAAUUACAAUUCACAAAUGGUUGGAUGUAAGUAACUGAACAUAGCCAUAUCUCCCAAUAUUACCUAAACAAUAUUCUUAGUCUUCAUAUAAAAUGUUUCUACAUAUAUGACCAGCUAUCACAAAAACAUCCCAUCUACGUUAAUAAGCUGCAAUUUUAGGCUCUUUAAGCUCACAUGCGAUGUACUUUUAAUGUAACCCUAAUAUCACUGAAACCACCGAAUGUCCGCAACGGCAAGACUUUUAUAGCACAUCUCACAGAGGUUACAAAGUGAAGUUCGGAAAACAUCACACUAGCACUUUUAGGGUACUUACCCUGAAAGUUGCUCUGAAACUUUCUAUAGAUGUUAUAAUGUACUUACUUAAUAUCUUUAUUUACAUUUUAAUAAAA